AUGCCAGUUCGCAAGCAAGAAGCCCACCGAGCAUUGGAACUGCUGGAAGACUACCACAGCAAACUGGUGAAACCCCAAGACCGCCAACUCAGGCUCGCUAUCGAGAGGGUCAUCAGGAUUUUUAAAUCAAGGCUUUUUCAAGCUUUGCUCGAUAUCCAAGAAUUCUACGAACUAACACUACUGGACGAAACAAAAUCGAUUCAGCAAAAGACUGCCGAAACUAUACGAAUCGCCAAUAAGUGGGAAGCGGAUGGCACGAGGCGUGAAAUACAUGCUGAAGAGGGUGACUACAGAACAGUAUCAAACGCAUUUCUUCAGGACAACAACAGAAAAGGAGACCAUCGCAACGAUGCCACCCCAGACUCAACGAAGAUGGGCACUAUACCAUCAAUGUUGUCGCCAAGUGGGAAUACAGAAGAAAAGAAGGCUCACAUUACUACGCCAGAUAUGAAGCAGAUAAAUGGCAUAGAAGGUGGAGGACCAGAAAGGACAGUGGGUGACGAUGGAUUCUUGUAUCUGACCGUAGUACUUUCAAGAGCAGGGGGUGCCGGACUGGGUUUUAGUAUUGCUGGAGGCUCUGACAACCCUCAUGUUGCAGAGGAUCCACUUAUAUAUGUCACCAAACUUAUACCAGGGGGAGCAGCAGCAGCUAGUCAACUGCAAAUCAAUGAUGCUAUUUUACAGGUUAAUGACACAAAUGUUGAAAAUGUGACUCAUGCCGAAGCAGUAGACGCAUUAAAAAAGGCUGGAAAUACAGUGAGACUGAAAGUGAGACGCCGUACCGCAGAGGGCACUUUGACUGUACCAAGCAUAACAAAUAAGGAACAAGCUAUAGAAAUUGAAUUAGUCAAAGGGGGAUCGGGUUUAGGUUUCAGUAUAGCAGGUGGUGUCGGGAAUCAGCACAUACCAGGUGACAAUGGUAUCUAUGUCACGAAGAUUAUGUCAGGCGGCGCGGCCCACCGCGACGGUCGCUUGAGGGUCGGCGAUAAACUGCUCAUGGUCAAAAACACGUCGAAAGGUGACGUUAACUUGGACAAUGUAACGCACGAGGACGCGGUUAGCGCGUUAAAAGCGUCAGGUGAGCGGGUGCUGUUGGUUUUGGUGCCAGGGCCGAGGCACGGGCAGCCUUCGCCGCGGACAUCACGAGCGAACACACCGUCGAGCGCGGUGAACUCGCUGCGGCGCGAGGACGCGACCGACGGCGGCGACGAGCAGCCGCGCGUGGUCGAACUGGAGAAGGGCCCGCAGGGGCUGGGCUUCAACAUCGUGGGCGGCGAGGACGGGCACGGCAUCUACGUGUCGUUCCUGCUGGCGGGCGGGCCGGCGGAGAGGUGCGGCGAGCUGCGCAGGGGCGACCGGCUGCUGGCGGUCAACGACGUGGACAUCACGCACGCCACGCACGAGCAGGCCGCCAAGGCGCUCAAGGGAACUGGGCAGAAUGUUAAACUAACGGUGGUCUACCGACCUCAGGAGUAUAAUAAGUUCGAGGCACGGAUAAAUGAGCUGAAGCAACAUCAUACGCUUUUGAGAACGUCACAAAAACGAUCACUCUACGUCAGAGCAUUGUUCGACUAUGACCCCGUAAGGGAUGACGGACUACCCUCACGGGGCCUCCCUUUCCGCUACGGUGACAUUUUGCACGUGACGAAUGCAUCCGACGACGAGUGGUGGCAAGCGAGACGAUUGGACACGACGGACGCGGACGCAAUCGGCAUCAUUCCGUCGAAGCGCCGCUGGGAGAGGAAACAGCGCGCCAGAGACCGACAGGUCAAGUUCCAGGGACAAGGCACGCCCGUAAGUACUAGCCAGUCUACACUUGAGAGGAAAAAGAAGACAUUAUCGUUUAGCAGAAAGUUUCCCUUUAUGAAGAGCCGGGAGGAUGGCAAAUCUGAAGAUGGUUCGGAUCAGGAACCUUUCAUGCUUUGUUACACGCAGGAAGACACAAAUGCGGAUGGGGAAAUCUUGUACCGAGUGGAACUUCCCAUGAUGGAGGAGAUAACGCUCAUAUAUCUCGAGGACGAGUGCCAAGAUGAGAACGUCUUGUCGUAUGAGACGGUACAGCAGUUGACCAUAAGCUAUACCCGGCCUGUCAUUAUCUUGGGUCCCCUCAAGGACAGAAUAAACGAUGACCUCAUCUCGGAGUUCCCGGACAAGUUCGGCAGCUGCGUGCCUCAUACAACGCGGCCGCGUCGCGACUACGAGGUGGACGGCCGCGACUACCAUUUCGUAGCGAGCCGGGAGCAAAUGGAGCGCGACAUUCAGAACCACCUGUUCAUCGAGGCCGGCCAGUACAACGACAACCUGUACGGCACCUCGGUCGCCUCAGUGAGAGAGGUCGCCGAGAAGGGCAAGCAUUGCAUUUUGGACGUUAGCGGAAAUGCCAUAAAGAGAUUGCAAGUCGCGCAACUUUAUCCCAUUGCCAUAUUUAUAAAACCAAAGAGUGUAGAUUCUAUAAUGGAAAUGAAUAAGAGAAUGACAGAAGAUCAAGCAAAGAAAACGUAUGAGCGCGCAUUAAAAAUGGAACAAGAAUUUGCUGAAUACUUCACUGCCGUGGUGACAGGCGACACGCCCGAGGAGAUCUACGCGAAGGUGAAGGCCGUGAUCACGGCCGAGAGCGGGCCCAGCGUGUGGGUGCCGCGCAGGGAGCCGCUUGCGGUGCGGUGUGUCGAAUACUUGAUAUCAAAUCUUGCGCAUAAAAUGUUCGCAACACUAUUAGAGGCAGCCCGGAAUUCUCCGUUCCACGGACCCCUCUCUCCUGCACUAUGUGAAUCCCCCGCACUCACCGAGUUAGAACCGGCACAGAAAACGAUAGCGGCCUCCGCCGAGCCUGCGCAGACUUAUUCUUGCGAAUUCGGUUCUGCCAAAUAUUUUGCACUGUGUGGUGUUGGCGGCUCACUUUCAUGUGGCUUAACCCACGCGGCGGUGGUACCAUUAGAUCUUGUAAAAUGUCGUCUGCAGGUCGACCCAGAAAAAUACAGGAAUGUUAUGAACGGUUUCAAACUGUCUGUAAGAGAGGAAGGCGUCCGCAGUCUGGCUAAGGGCUGGGCUCCCACACUCGUCGGUUAUUCCCUUCAGGGACUGUUCAAGUUCGGGCUUUACGAGCUAUUCAAAGUGGGCUACACAGACAUGUUAGACGAGGAGACGGCGUACGUGUACCGUACUUUCGUGUACCUCGCCGCUUCAGCCUCUGCCGAGGUGUUCGCCGACAUUGCUCUAUCACCCUUCGAGGCCAUUAAGGUGCGCAUUCAAACUAUGCCUGGAUUCGCGAACACGAUGCGCGAAGCGUGGCCCAAGAUGGUGAAAAACGAAGGCUACGGCACCUUCUACAAGGGUCUGGUACCACUGUGGGGUCGUCAGAUCCCCUACACCAUGAUCAAGUUCGCCUGCUUCGAGAGAACACUCGAAAUGUUCUAUAAGUACGUAGUGCCAAAACCGCGUGACCAGUGCUCGAAGGGCGAGCAGCUGGUGGUGACGUUCGCUGCCGGUUGCGUCGCUGGCAUAUUCUGCGCCAUCGUCUCCCACCCCGCCGAUACUGUUGUCUCCAAACUUAACCAGGACAAAUCAGCAACAGUUGGUUCGAUUGUGAGCAAGCUGGGUUGGGCGGGCGUUUGGAAGGGGCUUGGUACUAGGAUCGUUAUGAUCGGCACCCUCACGGCACUGCAAUGGUUCAUCUUCGACGGAGCCAAGGUGGUCUUGAGAACACCACGCCCACCGCCUGCCGAAAUGCCAGAGUCGAUGAAGAAACGACUCGAGGCUGAGAAAGCAGCAAAAGAUGAA